CAGCACCGUUCAAAUACUGCUGCAGGCCAGCUCGCUGAAAAGUAGAAGUUUGUUCUUGCAUUCCUUAACAUCUCCACAGAGAUUGUCAGUCAUCAUGUCCGCCAAACAACUCGAAGCAGGUGUCAAUGUGGCCGACCAUCACGAGACGAACGACAUGACAGCCAAGGAGGCUGCUCUUCACUCUGAAGCUGUCGAUGAAGACACUAUGCGCUACACCACAGGCCCUCCAAUCGAGAUCGACGCGGUGACAAACAAGCGUCUCUUUUGGAAGCUCAACCGCCGCAUCUUGGCCAUUCAAUUGGUCACGUAUUUUUGUCAGUCUCUCGACAAGGGCACUCUGAACUUUGCUUCCAUCAUGGGCAUCCAAAAAGAUGCUAAGCUUGUCGGACAAGAGUAUCAAUGGCUCGGUACUAUUUUGUACAUUGGUAUUCUUGUCGGUGAAUGGCCACAGAACUUCCUUCUGCAGAAACUACCGCUUGCCAAAAUGCUGUCCGUGAACGUCUUCAUCUGGGGUGCUGUGGUUGCGUGCUCUGCUGCUUCGACCAACUUUGCGUCGCUCAUGGCUGUUCGGUUCCUCCUGGGUUUCUUCGAGAGCUGUGUUCAGCCGGCUAUGAUGUUGUUGACUUCGAUGUGGUACACUCGCGAGGAGCAGUCUCUUCUGAACUCUCUUUGGUACUGCAUGUCUGGCGUGCAACUUAUGGUUGGUGGCCUACUUGCCUUCGGUGUCUCUCACUUUACAGAUGGCCCCAUAAAAAACUGGCAGCUACUAUUUCUCAUUCUUGGCCUUGCUACAUGCGCAUGGUCUUUUGUCAUCGGCUACUUCCUCCCUGACAGUCCCAUGACGGCUAAAUGCUACUCGGAGGAUGAGAAGCGUCUCUUUAUCGAGCGCGUCCGUCACAAUGAGACCGGCAUCAGGAAUAAGAAAUACAAGGUGUACCAGGUCAGGGAAGCCUUCGCUGAUCCUUUUGUGUGGUGCUGCGUCGCGCUCAUCACUGUAGCGAACCUAAUCAUUGGCGGUCUCGGAGUCUUCUCUAACCUGAUCAUCCGCCAAUUUGGGUUUUCGCUCCUUCAAACCCAGCUACUCAACAUCGCUCAAGGUGCUUGGCUGAUCAUCGUCAUGAUUGGGUCGGCACAGGCUUGUCAGAAGUCGGGUCAAAGUUGCCUAAUGAUGAUUCUCUGGACCAUACCUGCCAUCGCCGGUACAGUCGUCAUCCUCAUCGUCAAACCAAAUCCCGGAAACUCUGGCGGCAUGCUCAUCGCAUUCUACUGCACUCAGUUCUUCUGCGCUCAGGGCAAUAUGAUCAUCUCCCUUAUCACUCGCAACAUUGCUGGCCAGACCAAAAAGGGCAUGGUAAUGACAAUGGUGUUCGUGGGCUGGUCUGUUGGUAACCUCAUCGCACCUCAGAUCUUCCAGACGAAAGACGCGCCACGAUACCUUCCUGGUUUCUUGGUACACAUCGUCAUCUACGGAGUGUACAUCGGACUAGUUGUAUUGACGCGCUUUGUCCUAAUGGCAAGGAAUCGUCGCAAGGAUGCUGCUGUCAGCGAGGUUACGCAUGAGCUUGCUUUCCAAGACCUGACGGAUACGGAGAACCCUAAUUUCCGUUAUGUAUACUGAGCGUAGGCGUCUAAGUAGUUUGGCUUCAAGCCAUUUAAAAAGCGUCAGCAGGCAAGAGAAAUUUUAUACACGAAAGUAGCGUUAGGCUACUCUUUGGAAAGAAACUUAGCCGCUAUAGGUGUUCAAUGAGAAGGAGAUUUGAA